AUGAGACUCUUCUCUUUACUAUACGUUGCCUUCCUUGCUGGACAAUGCAUUUGUAGAUCUUUAAUUGGCGGGAAUGCAAAUGUAAAUGCUGUGCAGAGUGGACUGGUCGAAUCUACACCCGUUGUUGCUGAAACGAAGACAGUCAAACUCGAUGUCGCUGAUGUAGACGGCAAUGUCUUCUCCAUUGAGGAAUCAUUUUCCGGAGGAGUACCUCUAAAGACUGUUACUCCAAAGGAUGGUGUCCUCAUAUCCUCUGUUAUGGAUGGAGGAGUGGAAUUAUGGAAGGGUCUGGAUAAGGAGCAUGGUCAAAAGGUAAUGAUCUACUAUGAUGGAGAAUCCCCUGCAUCAGUAGUUGUAAACUUUGUAAAGGCUGAUGGAACAAAACCUUGGAGAUGUUAUAGCGUGCAGGAUGAUGGAUGGGAGGUAGUAAGGGAAGAAGAUCAUGAAAAGCUCUUGGAGAAGCUCAAGAAGAAAGCUUCAGAGAACGUCACUUCUCCCCCUGGCACCAUUGAUAUAAAUAAUCCAGACAGAGAACAGUGUGACUGCUUCUAUCACCUCUUUUAUGCCACUUCAAUAAAGCUCACUGUUCCCAAGAAGGAUGUAGCAGUUGCAAAGAUCGUUAGAGGAAGUGAGACUCUAUGGACUCUACCAUCUGGAGAAAAGGUUGAUCAUGUCAGAGCUUACUUGAAUGAGAGUAAUGAACCUGAGCUCAUUCUUAUCGUAACAACAGUCUCUACCACUAUGAAUAUAACAUAUCUUGAACUUAAAGAUGGUAAAUGGAUACCGUGCAAUAACUAUCACGGGAAAAUCGCAAAUUUAAGAAAAAUUGGAACAUGGAAGGCUAAUUUUGAGCUUGACCUUGCAUCAACUACUGAGACUACAGAAUGUACCAUCUUUGAAGUAGAUCUCCUGGGUGUUACCACUAAACACUUUUAUCCAAAGGCUGAAUAUACAGCCAUCACCGUAAAGGAUGGUGGAAAGUACGUUUGGACACAUUCAGGCUCUGUGUAUACAGCGGGAAAUAAGCCAAGCUUUGAUGGACACCGCUACUAUUGUCGUUACUGUAUUAUUUAUAAACAUGGAGAUAAGGAACUACUUGAGACAGUGGUUGUGGAGAAUAGUUCAACGAGGCACAAUUACUUUGAGAAGACUGAUACUGAAUGGAAGGAGAUCAAGAAGGAGGACUAUGAUAAGAAGAUAGAGGAGAUGACUGGAAUUUCGACCGUAAAGAUUUCUGAUCCAGCUACCAAAGUGCAAACGAAUUCCCAGGACUCCAUCAAUACCGCUCUAGAGUCUAUAAAAGUUACAGAACAAGACUCUACUAUCGAAUCGCAAUAUACUCUUAGACCUGAACCCAAGUCCUAA